CUCAGGUCAUUAAUCCAAGGAUUUUUUUACAUUUUUGCUUACUAUCCACUACUAUAAAAUGGAUUAGCAUAUUUCAUUUGAAAGCAGUGAACAAGACGGAAAUGACUGAUCGACUGAUCUACCUCGCUUGUAUUUUCACUUUGAUCCAGUUUACAUUGGCUGCUGCUAACGCCAAUGCAUUGAAUCCAUAUGAAUUGGUCUCUCCUGAUGGGCGCACACCAUGCGUUUGUGGAGUCUUCCUCAGCGGCCAAGUCAAGCCAAAGCAGCAGCCCACUGGAUAUCCGCUGGUCUUGAACGAAUUUGAUGAUCAUUACGUUUGCAAUUCGAUGGGCGUGAAACAAUGCCAGACAAAAUGUGUUGAACAAUUGCUGAAAUAUCUCUCUGGAAACCAAUCCAAUGCUUGUGGUCUCCUAGACCGAGAUGCUUAUAAAGAAAGGGCACAUCUUCUUGUGAAAAAUUGUGACAAUGUUUGGCACAACACGCGGAUGUCGAGUGGACGAGAACUUUGCUGCAAGGACGGCAAACCUUAUAAAUGCCCUAUAUAAUAUAUGUACCUGCUGAAAAUUACUCUUUUCUAUAGAUAAAAUUUUUUUAUAUUUUUUUACAAUAAAAUUGUUGCAACAAG